CAUCAUGUCCAGUCUCCAUGUCCCCACGGCCUCUCCGCCCGGCAAAGAUAGAUAGUUGGUAUUAAUAGUAGAAACAAAAACAGAAACAGAAACAGAAACAGAAGUAGACCGCAUGUCAGUCCGUGCCAGUCUACCCACGUCUCAGACUCUCUCCGCUCUACCAAAAUACGAAUACGCCACCCACGUGAUGACAAUGGGCUUUACAUGCUCUCAGUUCAUCAAGAGCGACGAUAAGUACAGGCGGGUAAGUAGGACUUGUCCAUGUUAUUGUCCGAAACAGUCCAACUCAGCACUGGGUUGCUUUUCACUUCACUGUCACCGUGUCGCCGUGUCGUCGAAAGUGAGAAGCUUCUGAACAGGGGCCAAUGGUUUGUGUAUCAGAUAAUAGUGUGCGAGUACAGCCGUGACACUUUUUGUCUCCAAAGGUCUGAAACGGCCUGUGACGCUAUCUGGACAAUAGAUAUCAGAUUGAACCCUGACUAUCAGAGAGAACUUGCUCCAGCCUGGAGAAUGCACUCUAUCGCACAUCCCAGUACACGAGCUGCGAGACACUUGCUGCACAAUCUGGUAACUGGGAAAAAGAAGACAGUCACGGGCGUGCAUAGGGCGAGACCUGGCCACAAGCACACAGCCUGGUCCCUGGUGUUGAAUGCAGGGCGCGACGAGCGGUCUAUUGGCCUUUGCAGCAGCGGAAUCCUCCUGCAGACGUCAUGCUUUUUUGUCCGUGUCGCCCGAGAUGAAAGAUGAAAGCGAUCUGCUCGGAACGUGCGCUGCUAAGAGAUCAUUUAGUGGCCAGAGUCGACAGUACUGGCCCUUCUGG